AUGGGAAUUGCCGAUAGCCAGGUCAAUCGGCAGAUAACGCCCCUGCUUAGCUUUUCCGGGGACCUAGUCCAGCCAGUCGGUAGUAUCAAUCUACCCAUCGCCUUCAGCGUUGCCCCUCGAAAAACAAUGAUAUAUGACCAGUUUCUCAUUGUUGACUGCCCAACGGCAUAUAACGUCAUCGUAGGACGAACGACACUCACCGGAAUCAAAGCGCACCUGUCCCUACACAUGUUGCUGAUGAAGUUCCUAACCUGCAACGGUACAAGCACUGUCCGAGGAGACCAACUCAGGGCACGAACGUGCUAUGCGACGACAUUAAAAUCAGUAGCCACUAAACCUCAUAAGGAGACCAUGUCCGUCUUGGGGGCACCAAAUUGUAACAGGGCCAUUGAUGACCCAAGGGACGAGACACCGACACUGCAGGCACAACUCGCCGAAGAACUGGAAAUGGUAAUACUAAAUGAGGAGCAACCUGAUCGGUGCGUCAAGAUCGGUACCUCCCUCGCCCCAUCCCUCCGAACGCAGUUCAUUGACUUCUUGCGGCACCAUGCGGAGGUCUUCGCCUGA